UCCGCUGAUCUCCCGAACGGAGAGAUUCGCGUGCUAUCGUGCGCACGCAUAUCAGGUUUUCGCGGGAUUCGUCGUCGUCGUCGUGGCGUCGUCGUUCACCGCGUCCCGCUUGGCCGGUUCUCUCUCUCUCUCUCUCUCUCUCUCUGUCAGGACCGUCAGUAGCCCAGCGCCGCUCCGUCGAAGUACACCUACUUCACGACGGCGGCUCGUCGUAGUCGGGUCCAGGCCGUUCUUGUCCUCGGGACAGGAAGGCAUCACGCGUCCCGCAUCGGGGGCAGCCGGUUGGCAUUCGAUUUCCGCAAUUGCUCCGAUAUUCGGCUGGAGAAGCGAUCAGGACAAUUAUUAGCAAUUUUCCGCAUCUAAGUGUUAGAGACGAGAGAGCACACUGACACUGAGCAAGAAUAUCGCGAAAUCGCACGGAAGAGUGUGUCGAAAAAGAGAGAGAGAGAGAGAGAGAGAGAGAGAGAGAGAGAGAGAGAGAGAGAAUCCCACGCAAACGUCAAAUUCGUCCGCGUAAUCGCGAUCCGGUCAGCGCGCUCGCGCGCGCACGUGUCACGAUAAAUUGGACUCGACGCGGGGGAUUCGACUUUUUCGCGAAUUUACCGCGACAGAAAGCGAGUCUCUUCGCGCGACUAGCGUCGCGCUGUUUAAUUUGUGAUCUAUCGAACGGGACAGCCGCGACGGACGCGAGCGAAUCGGGAGUGCGCACUCACAUCGGCCCGGCAUUUUGCGGUGCCGAUGGUGCCAUUGAUUUCGGAUUUAAAUAGUUGGAGAGCGAACGAGGGGGGGAGCGGGCCGCACUCCGCGGCGAAUCGUCCUCAGGUAACGCGCGCGCUGGAUCUUUCUUACUAGUAGCGGCCUCCGCGACGGUGAUUAGUUCUCGCGACAGAUGCGCACACCUUUCGAGCAAUCGUUAAGGUCGACACACUCGCGUCCCAAGAUUGCUCGUAGUUGGAAAGUUUCAUGAUGCAGUGAUCCGGAGAGACGGUGGUGGUACACUGGUUCUCAUCUCUUCACGAAAGAAAUGGACAAGGACAGACAUGUACAAGUUGCAUCUCCGCCCGACAGACGGGUCACAAGGGACGAUAUCGGAGUGGCCCCGGCCGGUGCAACGGCGAACGCGAACGAAGCUACCGGCUGCAGCAGCGGCGCGGCGACUUCCAGGCCGCGCAAUCCCUCCUCACCCGGUCGGAACGGCCAACUCUCCAGUGUUUCAGAACAGGGCACUUUGACAAUAGUACGCCGAAGCUCGGGUAAAAGCAAAAGCAUCGCUGCUGGGAGUUUCGAAAGUUCCCCAUCGUCGCACAAUCCCGACGCGAGCUAUUUAUCGAGCCAAUCCGUCGAUCUCGAAGAGAUCCUCGAUAAUGUCGAUCUUACGACAGACUCGCUUCCUGCCGUUGACACCCCCGAUGCAUGCGACAAGGCUGCCCUCAGACUGAGGUGUUUAUUAAGGCAACUACAACAUGGGGAAAUAUCCGCUGAACUCCUCCAACGAAAUCUGCACUAUGCGGCACGCGUACUCGAGGCCGUUUUCAUAGACGAGACCAAGGUGAGUUCAGACGGGAAUGAGUGCGCUCGGUCAUCACGUAGGGGGGCGGGCCUGACGUCUUCAUCCCUAGGGGGAGGCUUGGACCCAGACGGACCACAGGGCCACGCGGUGGUAACCCAGAAACGGAAACUUCGCACCCCCGUGUGGGCAAGAGACGCCGAGCGUGUGGAAUCAGCCGCUACGUGUCGUCCGGGUGUACGACGUAGGCGACUGGCGGAUGAAGACGACGAGCUGUCGGAGGUUCAGCCGGACGCAGUGCCACCAGAAGUGCGUGAAUGGCUGGCUUCGACUUUUACGAGGCAGUUGGCCACUACUAGGCGGAAGGCCGAUGAGAAACCGAAAUUUCGCUCAGUCGCGCACGCUAUCCGCGCGGGCAUAUUUGUCGAUCGGAUCUACAGAAGGGUCACCAACACUGCCCUCAUGCAAUUCCCGCAAGAAGUCGUGAAAGUACUCAAGACUUUAGACGACUGGUCGUUCGAUGUGUUUUCCUUGAACGAGGCCGCGCUGGGCACGCCGGUGAAAUACCUAGGCUACGAUCUUCUCAAUCGAUACGGCAUGAUUCACAAGUUUAAAGUACCUCCUGCAGUUUUGGAAUGUUUUCUCGGAAGAGUCGAAGAGGGCUAUUGUAGGCAUCGUAACCCGUAUCACAACAACCUUCACGCUGCCGAUGUCGCGCAAACGAUGCAUCACAUCCUCUGUCAAACAGGCUUGAUGCAUUGGUUGACUGAUCUCGAGAUUUUCGCCACCCUCGUGGCAGCGAUUAUUCAUGAUUAUGAGCAUACUGGGACCACAAACAAUUUCCAUGUAAUGUCCGGUAGCGAAACAGCGCUUCUGUAUAACGACCGUGCCGUGUUGGAAAAUCACCACAUCUCGGCCAGCUUCCGGAUACUUCGCGAAGAUGACUGCAACAUAUUGCAGAAUUUGUCAAGAGAAGAAUUUCGAGAAUUUCGAUCGCUCGUGAUCGACAUGGUUCUCGCUACCGACAUGAGUUUUCACUUUCAACAGUUGAAGAACAUGAAGAAUCUAUUAAGUUUGGCGGAGCCGAGUGUAGAUAAAAGCAAAGCCGUUAGUUUGGUCCUCCAUUGUUGUGAUAUUUCCCAUCCCGCUAAAAGAUGGGAUCUCCAUCACAGAUGGACGAUGCAACUUCUGGAGGAGUUCUUUAGACAAGGCGACAAAGAGAGAGAACUCGGUUUGCCGUUUUCUCCUCUCUGCGAUCGCAAUAAUACAUUAGUGGCUGAAUCUCAAAUAGGAUUCAUAGAAUUCAUCGUCGAGCCUAGUAUGCAAGUGUGCAGUGACAUGUUGGAGACCGUUCUAGCGCCGCUAAACGUUAAGGAUACCGGCGAAGAGCCUAGUAAUAGUUCGGGAGAAGAAAGUAGAAGAUUCAAAAUUAACAAACCUUGGAUCUCGUGCCUCGCAGAUAACAAGAGAAUUUGGAAGGAACAAGCAGUUCGAGAUGCAGAAGCCAAAGCACAAAAGGAGCAAGAACAGAAAGGCAGCGGUAAUCGCGAAGACAGCGGGGGAGCACAGACACCGGCUGAGGAAUGAAAGCUACAGCGGGCGAUUGUGUUUUUCAAAAGUCUCUGUAAUUUUAAGCUACGGGGCAGUUCGUGAUCGCGAACAACGUCUGCGAGCUGGUUUAUGGAUUUUAUUACGCUUACGAAUGAGAGCCGAGUGUCAGUUCGGUAGUACAAAUAGACGUAUGUAUAUAUGUCGUACAUUAGACGAGCGGAAAUGACGAUUCAAUAUGUUGAGGAAUAGUUUACUUAGAUUGGCACAUCAAAUAGCUCGAGUCGCAUAUAUACUUGUCCUGUUAUUCCUGUAAAAUACUUCGUAGAUACUUUCUAUCUUGACCAAUUGUCUUUUUUCCACGCCUUACGCGUGAUUUGUAAGAUCCGUUCAAUCUCUUUAAUUAUUGUAGCAUUUCCCGAGAGGACUAUCAUCGACAUGUCGUAACUUGAAUCAAAAUCCUUGUUCUACGUUUUACGUUGAACCUGCAAAUUCCAUUGAACUUGGAGAGUUACACAGUGAAGAAUCUCAAAGUACAACACUACUGACUAUUAUCUUUUGAAGCUAGUAAAGUAAUUACACGUUGCUGUUUUGUUGAGACUUAAAAAAGAAUUUAUUUAUUUAAA